CGCAAUAUUUCAACAUAGGCACAGCGCCCAACAAGAGACUUUUUGGGGAAUCUUUUAUUUGGUCUAUCGAAGAUCUAAAACCCUAACUAACAGAUAAACUAUUUUGCCUUCUUUACCGCUCUGCGAAAAAACCUUGAAGAGCGGUUUGAGUAUUCUAUUAUCCAAUGUUUCCUUUACAGCAACGAAAUAUGAGAGUUGGUCUUCCGUAUUUCAUCUAUUUAUUCCUUCGACCAAAAUAGAAUCUCAGGAGAUCUGAUAUUGUCACAUAUAUGCUACUUCAAUGGAUGUCGGUAUGUUCAAUAACCUUAAUACAGGAGGCCAGCGGAGAAAAUCAUCAUUAGCCCUGACUUCGGAUGGUGCGAAAAAUCAAGAUAAGUCAAAUGACGAUGAUGAGAAAAAGAAGGUGAUGCAUAGAGAAAUCGAAAAGAAGAGAAGGCAAGAAAUGGCCAACCUUUAUGGAUCACUUCGAUCUGUACUUCCUCUUGAAUUUGUCAAGGGAAAACGUUCGUUGGCGGAUCAUAUGAACGAGGCAGUGAAUUAUAUCAAACAGCUGCAAACGAGAAUCAAAAUAUUUGGUGCCAAGAGAGGUGAGCUAAAGAUGGGGUCAGGCUUGUCCAAUUUGAGUGCUAGUACUGUUGGCCAUGGGAGCAGUGGUAGCUCAUCAACUGCAGCAAGUACCCUAGUUGCAGUCCACCCUUGCUUAGCCGGCGUUGAGAUUGUAGUCAGUACCGGCCGAUCUCCAGAGCAAGGUUUUCUCCUAUCAAGAAUGCUUAAAAUACUGCUUGGACAAGGACUUAAUGUAAUCAGCUGUUCUACUACCCAGGUUAACAGAAGACUUGUCUACACCAUCCAAUCUGAGGUUAGCGAUCCAACAUGCAUAGACUUUUCUGUGUUGCAGCAGAUUCUGACUGAAGCCUGUCAUCAUUGACAAAGUUUCAAGUAACAACUUAAUUAGCUGCGUUUUCAACCUGGAUGUGUCCAUAUGGUUCGCAGAGGGUCUAUUAGUUUGUAGGUUUUCUUUAUAAGUGACUGUACGAGAAUCCAAACUGAUUAACUGAAUUUUGCUUUGUUUAAUUUAUGUAUCAUACUUCAGCUUACAAGGACCAUAUGUGUUAUAUUGAAAGCCAUACCUACAGUUGAGCUCA